CAUGGGGCAGCGACCGGGGGUUGUUCCCUCUUCGGCUUCCGUAGACGAGGUCGGGAGGACCUUCGUCCGGGGUUUCGGUGCCCCCCCUUCCCCUUCCCCGGGGUCCGGGGGUGACAUUGCACCGCGCCCCUCGUGGGGUUGCGUCGCCGCCCCACGCGGACUCCCCCCCGGCGCGCUGCUCCCUUUCGCCUCCCUUGGCCGGGGCUCCCUCCCGCCCCCAGCUGCCCAGUCAUGGGGGCUGCGGUGUUUUUCGGGUGCACCUUCGUCGCGUUCGGCCCAGCGUUCGCUCUUUUCCUGAUCACUGUGGCUGGAGACCCGCUUCGGGUUAUCAUCCUGGUCGCGGGAGCCUUUUUCUGGCUGGUCUCCCUGCUCUUGGCCUCUGUGGUCUGGUUCAUCUUGGUCCAUGUGACAGACCGGUCAGAUGCCCGGCUCCAGUAUGGCCUCCUGAUUUUUGGUGCUGCUGUUUCUGUCCUUCUACAGGAAGUGUUCCGCUUUGCCUACUACAAGCUCCUUAAGAAGGCAGAUGAGGGCUUAGCAUCACUGAGUGAGGACGGAAGAUCACCCAUCUCCAUCCGUCAGAUGGCUUAUGUUUCUGGUCUGUCCUUCGGUAUCAUCAGUGGUGUCUUCUCUGUUAUCAAUAUUUUGGCCGAUGCCCUUGGGCCAGGUGUGGUUGGGAUCCAUGGCGACUCGCCCUAUUACUUCCUGACUUCAGCCUUUCUGACAGCAGCCAUUAUCCUGCUCCAUACCUUUUGGGGAGUUGUAUUCUUUGAUGCCUGUGAGAGGAGACGGUACUGGGCUGUGGGCCUGGUAGUCGGGAGUCACCUGCUGACAUCAGGACUGACAUUCCUGAACCCCUGGUAUGAGGCCAGCCUGCUGCCCAUCUACGCAGUCACUGUUUCCAUGGGGCUCUGGGCGUUCAUCACAGCUGGAGGCUCCCUCCGAAGUAUCCAGCGCAGCCUUUCGUGCCGACGGCAGGAGGACAGUCGGGUGAUGGUGUAUUCUGCCCUGCGCAUCCCACCCGAGGACUGAGGGAACAUGGGGGGGACCCCUGGGCCUGGGGUACCCUCCCGAUCUCCUCGUCCUGUAUUUCUCCAUCUCCAGUUCUGGACAGUGCAGGUUGCCAAGAAAAGGGACCUAGGUUAGCUGUGGCCCUGGUGAUGAAGUUGCUAGAGGCUCAAGGGAGAUGAGUUCAGGUCUCCAGUAUCUACUGCCCAGACUGGACAUCUUGGUCUUUUUCUCAGGUCUGAAAAGAACCAUUUUUGGUAUGAUAAAGACCCCAGAAAUGCCUUUUUUUUUUUAAAGUCGGGGGAGUGAGGAGGUCUAUUGGGAGCCUCCUAACCUCCUUGGGCUGUAUUUUUGCUCCUGAAACUGCUGAUCAUGGCUCAGUUCUGUCCCAUUUUCCCCUUGGUCCCAGGCCCUGGGGAAAAGGAAGGAAGUGCAUGUUUGGGAAACUGGUACCACUGGAACUCAUGUUUUAACGUCCGUGACCAUCAGCACCCCUCCUCUCCCCAAGGUGAAGUGGAGGGUAUUGUGGGAUUGGCCCACUCCAUGGCAGUGCCCCUGGAGGAGUCAGACUACCAUGGCAUCGCAGGCCAAGCAGGCAGACAUUUUUCUAGUUUUUAACUGGGCUGUGGGAGGGCUGGGAGGGUUUCUACCACUGUACCAUUUUUCUGCCAAGGGUGGGAUGUCCCAUCCUUUUAAUCAAGGUGAUUGUGAUUUUGACUAAUAAAAAGGACUUUAUAAUUGUGGGGGAACUUGGCUUUUAAGAGAAGGGAUAAUGGAUUGAGAUUUCUAGCCCUUGGUGGCUUCCGUCCAUCCUCCUGCCUAGCCUGACAACAGUGUUCACUGGUGGCAGCUUGGGUGUGAUGUCAGAGGCACCGGUGGAACUGAGUUGGCUUUCCCAGGAGUAGAGUGCCCCUGUCCAGGAAGAGGGUACAAGGAGUUAAUUCCCCAGUUUUCUUUUUCUCUAUGUCUGCCUCGGCCACCCAGAGGACAGAGGAACUCUCCCACCCUUGAAAGGCACAAAAGACAACCAGAAGUAAGAUUUUCAAACAUAUAUUGAGCAAAAAAAAUAACUAAACUUCCAGCAGCAGCUUUUUCCUAGACAUGUAUCUAGGUGUGUCUAGGGGAGGGUCCAUGAAGGUGUGAGGUGAGGGACAUCAGGGCACGUCUCAGCUUCUUCAUAGCUGCCUGUUAAAGCAGGGAUCUCCUGACCUACGUGCUUUGGAAGGCCAGAGACUCCGCUCUUCCUUGAAGCCCUGGGUCCUUGCUUUUCUGGCGUUUGUGUGCAGAGUUGGUAUGGAGAAGGACAUGUGUCUGCCUGCUACUUCUAGUCCAGCCCCUGCACCCCCUUAGACCCCUGAUGGGUAUGAGGGGAAGGUGUCCAUGGCAUGGAGACGGGGUUUAUGCCUCUGUGGUAGCCCGUGCCGAGGUGAAGGCCACACUCUUCCUGCUUCCUAGCCUCUUCUUCCUGGAAGGGGAAGCAGUGGUUCAUGGAAGUGACUAGUGUCCUAAGUGAAGGUUAGAGUAGGACAGGAAACACUUUUUAAAAACAACUCAAUAAGUAUCUGAAUAUGACCUUAAACUUUCUCCUUCCUCCACCUCCUGUGUAUUGGGAUUACAGUGUGUGCCAGCAUGCCAGGUUUAUGUGGUGCUAGGGAUCAAACCCAGGACUCUGUGCAUGCCAGGCAAGCACUCCACCAGCUGAGCUGCAUCCCCAGAGAAUUUUUUUUUUGAGGGGUGGUGUCUCUAUGAAACUCUGGCUGUCUUGAAUCUCACUCUGUAUAGACCAGGCUGGCCUUGAACUCAGAGAUCUUCCUGCUUCUGCCUCCCAAUUGUUGGGAUUAAAGGUGUAUACCACCCCACCA